CGUUUCAGUUGGAGUUUUUCUGUCCAUCGACGCGGUCGAAUCUUUAGCUGGAGCUCCUGAACCCAGUCUGGAAAGCACUUUUUCUUUUUUGCUAACUGCAGCAAUUUAAAAUUUUAAUUAUCUGCAAGGCAGUUCGACGGGAAAAAGAAACCAAUAAAAAUGGGCCAAGCAAAGAAAAUCUCCUCUGCACUGAGCAAGCUCUUCGUGUAUGGCGCGCUUAAGUAUGGACAGCCCAGCAACUCGAUCCUGGCCAGCUCGGGAAAUGGGUACGCUAAGUUCUGGUGCAAGGCCACCACCACCCAGAAGCUUCCGCUGGUGAUCGCCACCCGCUACAACAUUCCCUUCCUGCUCAACAAGCCCGGAGUGGGCUAUUACGUAACGGGGGAGAUCUACGAAGUGGACGACCGCAUGCUGAACUCUCUGGACAACCUGGAGGACUGUGAGGAGAUCUACACGCGUGAGAUGCACGAUAUGAAUAUCGGUGUUGGCGAGGGAACCGUUCCCUGCUGGGUGUAUCUGCUGCAGAAGUACCCGGAGAACCUGCUCAGCUUGCGUUACUUGUCCAGCUACGAGAACUCCACCACCCAUCCCUACAUCAUGCGCCACCGCCGCACCCACAAGCACCCGGCCCAGGACGAUCUCACCUACGAGGCGCAGAACUAGUAACAUCGUUCUUAGAGGGAGCCCUGCCAGCCUGGCCAACAGUCUUAUGUUACCGUAGUUGCAUUUCUAGACCGUACCUGCAGACGCAGAUGUACUGAGCGAUUUAUUCGCGCAUAUAUUGGCAAAUGAUAUACACUGAUAUGUACCAUACGCAUUAUUUAGGUUUUAGCAAAGUUAGUUUGUAAUUUCAUAGUUUUCGACAAACAAAAAGCAAAUAAACAAAAGCAAUUCGAAGUAA